AUGAUCGCCGUUUGGUCAUCAAAUUAUAAAAUUUGUCAUUAUAUGUUGGAAACUAUUGGAGUAGCACCAAAUGUUGCUGAUUAUCAGGGUGCAACAGCAUUAAAUAUAGCAGCAAAUAAUGGACAACGUGAUAUUGUCAUGCUUUUGCUAAGAUUUGGUGCUGAACCAUCAAUUUGUGAUAAUUUAGGUCGUUGUGCAUCUGAUGUAGCUCAACUUGCAGGACAUGAUCAUAUCAGGCAAAUCCUAAAAAGUGCUAGUGGUUCAGCGGAUAGUUCAGGAUUUGGUUCAUUACCAAGCAGUCCAAUGCAACAACCAAAAGUUAAAUUUUUUUACAACAACGAAGUAUGGGAUCAUUGA